AUGGCGUCCCCAUUUGUCGAAAGGCACUGGGGUCCCUGGCUAUUGGACUUGGAGGCGCUCGGAGUUCGACUGUUGGCUGGCAUCGAUGGCACCAUCUUACAAAGCUCUGAAGUUGGAGCGCAGAAGUUCGACGUAAUCAUCUUCAACUUCCCCCACGGAGGCACCUUUGAUGACGCAGCUUCAAAAAUCACAUGCUCGGACCAUGGUGCCCUCAUCGAUGGGUUGUUUGGAGGCGUAAAGUCGUCCUUGACGCCCGAUGGCUACUUCUGCAUGACCUUGUUGAAGAGCCAGUAUACACGAUGGCACAUCCAGCAGCGUGCAAACAACCAAGGCUUCCGCCUCGUCAGCGAUGAGACCUUUGAUCGCAAUAGCUUUCCAGAGUACAGGCCUGUUUGGGGAGAUGACCGCGACUUCACAAGACCUAGCCAGCCAUGGCAAAUUUAUUCCGGGGAGGAGCCAAAGAUAUAUCGAUUCCAGCCGAAGGGGCGAAGGACAGCAGCAGCAAGUUCGGCAAAGAACCCAAGCAACACGCCAAAGCCAGUGGAGAGAGCCCUUGCAGCGGUCUUGGGCACAGUGUGCGACGAGGCCCCGCUCUUCUGCUGUCGGAUGUUGCGCUUGGCGGAGAAGCCUUCGCUUCCGAAGUUGGAAAGGGAAUUCCAGUCCAAAGCGGCCUUGUCUGAGAGGUACCCGCUAUUGGCAGCCUGGUUGCAAGCCCGCCAGGACCUUCAACUUGCCAACGACCUGGUGGUAGUGCAAGAUUGGCUCCGUUUCGUCCAGAACCACUUCGGCUUCAAGGUGGCGCGGCAUGAGGCUCGCAUGACGGUGUACGAAGCCUUGCAGAAGUUGGAGGAUGGCCAUGGCCACAACAUCGGCCAGAUGCCCGAAACACGAGGGGCAUUGACCACGGCGGCUCGCGGCCGGCAGCUCUUCGACAGAUUCUGCACAGCCUGGGCGAGGUGCAGGGAUGCAGGUUGCAUGCAGCGCCAUGGGUGCAAGAGCCUCACUGCGGUUGGCCCCAUGUCGGCCAAGAGUCCAUUGAGCCUGAGCUGUGCAGACGAGACAACAGAGGAGGGCUCCUAUGUCUUGGCCUUGGUGAACGACCUGGCCCUUCGUCAGAACACCUUUGUGGAGACUUGCCUUGAGGUUGCCACAGGCCACAGGGACGGGCCGAGCGCACGGCGUGUGCGCAGCGUCACGGAAUAUUGGUUCCAUCAGGGUAGGGUCUCCCUGCCAGUUGUGAAGAUGCAAGACUUGGACCCGCUGCAUCUGGUGCACGGUGGGCAUCUCGGCCUAUCAGAGCAGCUCCAACUUGCCGGCAGUGCUGGGGCUUUGGCCGCUUGGGAAACCUCCGGCUUCACCCCAGCCGACAUCGAGCGUCCUGACCUGCUCGUCUCAGGCUCGACCUGCGUCUUUGACUGGGAGCUUCUGGAGCAACAGCUCGCCGAGAAGGUCCUACAGAAGGCCGUUCAUCUCGAUACCUCCAUUGACCCGUUCCCCUUCUCUGGGGAGGCCUUCCUGCACAGCUAUGGUUUUUUGGAGGAGGCGGUGGCGCAAGUCGCGCAAGAGCCGAGUCCUGACGAGCCCCGCCAGUUCCUGUUGGACUCGGGAUCGGCGCUGAACCUCCUAUGCUCCUUGCAGGCUGCGAUUGCUUCUGUCAGACGCUUGUCCCCACAGCCCGAGCUUGCCGUGUCUGACUUUUGUGCUCGAUGGCUCCACGAGACACACCUCCAUCACUUGACCAGCCAAUUGGAGUGUAGAGGCCUUCUGGUGAAGCAUUUGGUUCACUUGUUCGAGGUCGUGGAACUUUAUGCAGCUGACGAGGCAUUGCAGCAGCACUCUCUUCCCAAGCCCUACUGUGCAGAGCUCUCCUCACUCCUGCCCCAAAUGAAAGUCUGGGACGGAGAUGCCGCAGGCGUGGUGCUAGACGUGCUACGGCGUGUCGUGAUGCGUUUCCUUCUUCAUGAUCGCACAUGGGAUGCUGAAGAGGAGGUGAGCGGAUUUGCGGAGUAUGCCACGAGGAAAAUCCCUGAGCUCGACUUUCAGUCCGUGUCUGGGCUGCUUGAUGGCAUGAAGUUGAAGCAUAUCAACGCAGCCAUCGAGCAUGCCAGGCAGCUGAUGCCGAAGCCCCAUUCCGAGCAGUAG